AUGGCUGCCAGGUUCGCUGCGGUAGACCGUGCAAACGCUUCACGCCUCGAGAUGCCAGAAAUGGAGCUGCGUGAAAUGGAGCUGCCUUUCAAACUUUGUCACGUAUUUUUCUACGGGUCACUCAUGGAUGCACAGAUACUUCAAACUGUGGCGAAGCUAGCGAACCCGCCUCCCAUUCGAAACGGUAUCGUCAGAGGGUUUAAGAUCAAGAUGUGGGGCAUAUAUCCAACUGUCGUCCCGGACAAGCGCGGUGUGGUAACAGGAACCGUGUGGCACACGGACGACGCCUCACACCCCCUUCAUCUCCAGGAGUACGAGACGAGGGCUUACAAGCUUUGCGGCUGCGAGGUUGAGUUCAAGGAAGGUCACAAGAUACUUGCGUCAAAGAUAUUCUGCUGA